CCGGAGAGCUGCAGCAUUGCGCAACCGAGGUGCUGGGAUUGUUUUUUGGGUGCUCCUUGCUUCUAUACCAAUAAGAAUGGACUCGCGUGCUCCGCACUCAGCUAGCUUCGAUGAUUCUUGCUGCUACAUACUAGGUUUUGUCUCGUCUUCAGCUACUAGCCAGAGCUCGCAGCGCGACUGCCGGCCACCAUUGUGAGCUUCGGAAGUUGCGCUUAAUGGCGUAGGUUGAGCAAUUGCCGGCUGCGAGCAGUGUAUUGACUACGGCUUCCAAAGCACUCUCACCUCAGACGCCUUUCGAACCCGCCUCAAAUCCCAAGAGCUUACCGCACGAUUCAGACCUAGUGAUCGCGUAAUCAAUAAUGGCCGCUCAAAACGCAACAGAACGCGCUUUCCAGAUCCCUGAACUUCUCGAACUCAUCCUCGCAUACCUCGCACCUCGAGACCUACUGCUAUCCCAACGAACCACACGCUCAUUCCGCAACACGAUCCAAGGUUCCGUCAUUCUUCGCCGCAAGCUUUUCCUCGAACCAGACUGGAAGCUCGAGGACAGACUGUUCAGCGCACACGCGACUUCUAAAGGAAGCGUGAGCAGGCCAGGUCGCAAACCAGAAAACAACCGAUUGCUGCUGCGCGCAUUUCCAGGUUGCUACCCCACAAUCACACUGGUGAUCAUAAGCAACAGCAUAAAUCGGCAAGCCCGAUUUGGGGUUGCAGGAAGCCAUAGUCAGAUUGUCAAGAGUCCGCUCUCAGAACAAUGGAGCUGGGACGUCUGCAUUUCGUUCCCAGCAGAUGCGAGACCAGAAGUCCCAGCAGCAGUGGAUCAUCCAGAGGCAAGCUGGCGAAAGAUGUACCUCUGUCAGCCGCCUUGCUCGGAACUGUAUUUGGUGCGGCGCUGGCAGAGAGGGCUCAGGCCCGCAAUCAUUCGAGACGGUGGCAUCAGAAUGGGUGAUUUCGUUGAUGAGGCCACAAAACCGAAGCCAGGCCUCGAAGGGCGAGAUUGGCAUGUCAGCUACAUCAGCUCGGAUCGUGACUGGCAUUUCGAGGGAAGCAUCAAGUGCAGUUCGGUGGAGGUGUAG